UUUUGCGCCUGCGCUCGUCCAAUCGAUUUUUCCGUACAUACAUACAUCCCUCAUUCAAUCGAGGGCAGGCAGUCGACUAGGACUGGCUAGAAUCUUCAGAGCUGCAGGCAUCCAUCUCCAGAAUGCGACAGAUAUUCGUUGUGACCCUGCUGUGUCUGGCCCUUGGCAGCUGCACUGCAUCCAUCAGCGGACCCUUUAUCUUCUGGGGCAACUCCAAGGUGGCAUCGGUACAACCGCAACUCCUGUUGGACGCCAGCAGCCAGGAGUUACCUCUGACGCAACUUUUCAAGGAGGUCACUGCCAUUGUGGUAUUUGUACGGAACGCCACGGGACGAUUGGAGGGCACCAAGUAUCCACAGUUCCAGAAUCUGGUGAAGAGCGGACCCUGGUCAUAUCUGCCCCAGAGAAGUCUGGCAGUGGAACCCUUUGGACACAAUGUCAAUAUUGAGGUGGUGAACCUUUCCGGCCGUGCAGAAGAAGACGACGCAGAAAUCCUGACAGCUUACAACGAAGCUCUGGCUACCUUCGGGCAAGGAGAGGUGCUGGGCAUCUUGGCCAGUCGCGAGGAGGAGGCCCAUUUCCUGGCAAAGAGGGAUGCAGCCGCCGGCGAGGAGGAGGCGAACCGAAAGAAGGAGCCGGAGGGACCUGAGGAGACCGAAGACAACUUCAUCUAUGUGGCAGAGGGAAACAAGGCAGUUCUGAGUUUGAACGGACCCCUGGAACUACGGUUAAGCAACGAAACCCUGAGCCUGAAGGAGCACACCAAGCAAAUAACCUUCGACGAUCAACACGCCAAGGGUUAUGGACGAUUGAGCAUAACCUUCAUGUACUCCGGAGAGAAAUGCACUCUGAGGUUUAAGUUCUCUCUGAUUCGUGGGUCUUGGACUUUACGCAACGUGGAAGUGGAAUACAGGGACCAAAAGAGUGUUCUUUUGGCUCGCGGAGAUGAGUACUCUUUGCCAAAUGCCCCAGUGGGCUUCUCGUACCGCUGCUCCGCUGAGAAUGUUACCUUCUUAAAUACCGCUCGUAACGAAACCAUCCAGAGCCUACUCCUUAGUGAUUUCCAGGUGCAGCCUUGGCUCAAUGGUCGCCAGAAGUUCGGUGAUGUCUACGACUGUGUGGGAUUUGUAUCUGCUCCGAUUCUGGCCGGCCUGUUGGUGGUGACCUUGCUCCUUGGCAUCCUGGGUAUCGGAAUCUCCGCCAUGCUUAGCAUGCACACACCCAAUCGCUUCGAAAGUUCACGCAGCAAGCAGUUAACCUUCACGAUUCAGGAGUAGAUUAAUCCCGAAGUUCCAUAAUCUUUGGCUAUACCCUAACUAACAGAAGAGCUAACAGUAAAUACUCAAUCGAUCUGAGCCUGAAAUGUUCGUCUUGAUCACCUACGUGGCACUAAAGCCUCUGGCUUUGUUCACCCUAGCCAUCGAACUGUUCCUCAUCCAUUUGCUAUUCGUGUUGAUCGUGUUAUAUGUGUAUGUGCUUUGGUACUACUGAACAGAAGUCCUAUACAACAAUUAAAA